UCAGGGGUGUGUCACUGAUGAUGCUGCUUCUAUAAACACAAAGACACAGCAGAGAAAAGUUCAGACACAACGAGAAAAGAGGACUUAGAGACGACUGCUUCAUACAGUAUUCAGUGGUCAUGGAGAGAUUGUCCACAGUCAGCCAACAUGUCCAACAGAAGCAUCAUGGAAAGAAAAAAGAGGUGGAUGACAAACAGGAUAAGAAACUACCGGUGGAGCAGGGGACCACAGAUGCGGCAUUAAGAGAUCAGAAAGUGAUGGCAGGAGAGGCUUUGGAGAGGAGGAACAUCUGGCAACCGAGUGUUUACUACGCGCUGGGAAAGGAGUCUUUUUACAUCGCUGGUCAUGACAUCAGCAUCCGCGAGUCUAUGGAUACUUAUGGUGCUCUGAUCUGGCCCGGGGCGAUAGCUUUGAGCCAGUUUUUGGAGAAUAACCAGCAACAUGUUAACCUGAUGGACAAAUCAGUUCUGGAGAUUGGAGCUGGGACUGGCUUGCUCUCAAUAGUGGCCAGUCUGCUUGGUGCUUGGGUGACAGCUACUGACCUGCCAGACAUCUUGUCUAAUCUGACCUUUAACCUCCUGCGGAACACCAAAGGCCGGUCCCGCUACACCCCUCAGGUGGCUGCCCUUACCUGGGCUCAGAACCUGAAGCGGGACUUUCCCUACCCGUCCUACGACUACGUGCUUGCAGCUGAUGUGGUCUAUCCCCACGGCUCCCUGGAAGAACUGCUGGAAACCAUGCGUCACUUUUGCCAACCAGGAAGUCAAACAACGGUGCUGUGGGCCAACAAGAUCCGGUUCCAGUCAGACUUGAGGUUCACAGAGUGUUUCAAGAGCAGUUUCAACACCACGCUGCUCAUUGAGCUCCCACAGCAGGAGGUGAGGAUAUACAAGGCCACAGCGAAGGAGUGACAGAGGAGCCUGGAGGGUUUGUGUUUAAAUUCUAUGAAAAAAAGGAAAAUUCCAUUUUACUCUCGCUGAUUUCAAUGUCGAGAAAAGUCUGGUUUUGAUCUGUUCACACGACAUUCCUGGACAGUGCUGUAACUGUUGUCAAGCAGAAAUGAAGCUCAAAUUUCCAUUUCAAUAAGCAACACUUUUAUUUACUAGCACUUUUUCAUACAGUUUCAUACAAUACCUGACUUUAUUAACUUUUGCUCAACAAUUUGCUUUUACAACUAAAUUGAUUUGCUGUA